AUGCAUGAUAAUAGAAUAUUACAUAGAGAUAUUAAACCUGAAAAUAUACUUAUUUAAGGUUUUUUAUGGAAAAUAUCAGAUUUUGGUUGCUCUAAACAACUUAGAGAUAAAAAUUUAUAAGCUAAUACAAUUUUAGGAACCUAAUAUUAUUCACCUAUAUCUUAAAAUUUUUAUUUAAUUUAUCUAAUAACCAUUAAUUACUGA